AUGGCUUCCUUUUCUGUCCACACUCUACCCAAUCCCGCCCCAGACCAUGACACUCUUCUGGAGUAUUCAUCGCGGCUAAAGGCCCUCAGACUUAGAAGUCUGAAAGAGGAUGCGAAGAGCUUCAUCUCAAGAUAUGACAGCGAGGUCAGCCAGUCAGAAGAAUUCUGGCUGAACAGACUUCGAGACGAUCAGGCCACCCACCUUAUACUCGUUCGCCAUGACGCACUGUCGCAGAAAUGGAACCUGUUGGAGCAUCAAUGGAUUGGAUUUGUGGUCAUUGUCGCACCAAAUCCCAAGAAUGUCGAUGAUGCAGGUCGACCGUCACCAACCGAGUGGUAUAUGGCAGCACUCUAUGUCGAGCCUGAGGUGCGUGGGCAAGGGUUGGGAAAGCGCCUUGUUCAGGCGACCAUCGAGCAUGUCAGGGACAACUCUGCGAUGGAACAUGAGGAAUCCCCAUGCCUCCUCACAAGUGUGGUACACGGCAAUGAAAAUGCUCUGGAUCUAUAUCAAAAACGCGGAUUUCGGGUCAUCGAGCCGAACAAGGAGGUUGAGAAGGAAGGAAGAAAGUAUCUUUCAACGACACUGAGGAUGGAGGUGUAG